ACAAUCCUCCCCACCCUUCGUUUUCUUCAGCCCAGAGCGCCCAGAGAGGAUACUUUUAUAACCUAAACGUGCUAGUAUACAUCAGUAUACAUCUAUUGACAUUUCAACGUUUAUAACACACAUAAACGAUGAACAAUUCGAAAAAGAUCAACGUCAGUUACUCUUCUCUCGUCGGUUUGAAAGCGGAACUCCUGAGGAAACAGGCAGAAGUCGAGGAAGCAAAAGCCAAAAAUAAAAUACAACCUCCCAUAAUCCCAAAAACCAGGUUAAAAAGUAAAACAUCAAAGAAUGUUAACUCAACAGCCAGUCAAUCAUUGGAGACGAAGGAGUCAAAAGUUACAAAAAUCGAGGAUGUCAACGAGCUGAAGAAAUCCAGGUACAUGCUAGAAGCAAAAUCCAAGCUCUACGAAAAACUAAAGAAAAACCACGGGGAUAAAUGCCACAAUUACCUAGUAGACUUCUCCAAUAAGCCACCCUCUCCCCCAUCCUCUUCAGAAGAUGAAAUCCACAAUGAAGAAGACUACGAGGAUAGAAAUUCAGAUCCUGAAGAUGAUUGGGUAGAGUACAGCGACUGUUUCGGUAGAACCAGAAAGUGUUUACGGCGCGACCUUCGAAAAAUGCAGGAGAAAGAUGAAAUGAUAAAGCAAGAGAUCAGCAAAGAUCCUCCUGAAGCUACUGAGACACUUCCAAACCUCCCACCAUUCAUUCCUCCUCAGAAAGAACCGGAGAUAGAGAAGUUACGUAAAAAAUGGGAAGAACAGACUGAGAAAUUGUCCCACAAGCCAGACAUUCAUUAUCAGGACAUUCUCUUCGAUGAAGCCAGAGCACACGGCGUUGGAUACUACGCAUUUUCUCAGGAUGAAGAUGAAAGAUUGAAACAACAAGAGAAUCUUUCAAAAUUACGGAGGGAAACAGAACAGCGACAGAAAGAAGCUCAAAACCUCAAGGAAUUGAAAGCUCAGAUGGAGAAAAAUCGAUUGAAAGCUGCGAGGAUUCGUCAGAGGAUCCGCGCAGGUCUUCCUGCUGAGCCAGAUGAAGAAGAACAAACACCAAAAUCCCCAACCCAAUCUCCAGCAACGCCUGAACUGACAAAAGAACCAGAAGAAACCUCUAAAAUUGACGAAAAAAAUGAAGAAAAUUCCCUCUGUGUCAUCGAGGAUAAAAUCAAAGCUUUUGGAGAACUCCUGGGUAAACGACCAAAGUUCAGGGAGUUGUCUCAAGAAGAGUGGGUCCAUAAAAGGCGAAAAGAUAGAAUGGGAGAGUUUGCUCCGGUUUAUGACAACUUCAAGCCUGGUGGUCUUUUGGGGAGAACUAGAGACAAUCAAAUUGUUGAAGGCGAUGAUGAUGAGGAUCCUGUGAGGAUUACGAGCGGAGGCCCCGAGCCUACUGAUUUGUGGGAGUCUCAGGGGCCUUUGAGAGGUUCCGAGGAUGUUGACGAUUCCGAAGAGAAGAGUGAGUUUGCAGACUCGGAUGUCAUUGGACCUGUUCCACCACCAAAUUUGAUCAAUUUUGAGAGCUCGUCGUUGAUUAACAUUCGCAUUCCUCCAUUCACCUUUGGAAAUUUGAUGCCCAAUUCAUCUAGUAAUGAUUCAUCAAUGACGAUUAUUCCCCCAAUUGAAGUCUUGAGGGCAGUCCCUCCUCCAACGUUUCAAUCUACUUUUAAUGUUUGUAAUGUGGGGGCAAGUAGUGCUCAAUGGAAUGAUGGGAGUGCUGUGGAGGAGAGAGAUGAGGAGGAAACAGGAGAGAGUGAUGACUUGGAGACUAUUGGGCCUCUACCACCGAGAGAUAUCAAGGGAGAGAGGGAUCUCGCAAACAUUCCACUGCCCGGAAAUUCACCACCACCACCACGACCAACUCUGCCAAGUAAUCUGAACCUUGACAAAAUCUCUGAAGGACUUAAGUUUUUGAGGAAAAAGUUUGACAAAGAUGAAAAGAGUUGAUACGAACAUAUUGAAUUAUUUAUUAUUAAAUUAAAAUGAGAAAUAGAGUUUGAUAAGAGAAAUGAGUUUUUUGCUUUAAUUAAUGUUUUUUGAAUGUUUAUCCUCUUCUCUUGUGGGACUUCCGGGCUUUUUGAGGCUGAAUGGGGCCAACAUCAUCCUCUUCUACUUCCAUUGAAUCGUCUUCAAUUUCUGUGAGAAUAAAUUAAUAUAGUUUAAUUAAUACGAACAAGGUUGGAAAUGAGAGAUAAAAAGCAAAAUUGAGAAAAAGUGAAAGAUGGAAUUUGAUAGGGAUGAAGUCUUGUCUAAUGAAUUCCACAUCUUUUUUGGACUCAUCCCCUGUACUUUACAACUUUGCUGCUGAAUUUUUAUUUACCUGGUAAAUUUUUCACUUGCACAGGAGUUUCACAUCCCAAGCAUUUAAGAUUCUUCUGGUAUUUGAAUGCUUUUGCAAGACAGUACAAGUGAACCGCAGUUUGACACUCCUCACAUCUGUAUCCCUGAAAUUGAACCAGAGAAAAUUAAUAUUUGUGUUGUAAGUUAAUUAGCACUGUACAAGUUGUCGAAUCAAUUGCAAUCCUUACGUGGAAUAGCGUAUCCUUGCACAUUGAACAAACGUUGAGACCAUCUGCAUAAGAGUCUUUGAAAUAUGGCAUCAGCUCUCCAAUACUUCUGACUCCGAUAUAAACCUUUCCAUCCUGAAAUAAAAAUACAACAAUGAAGAAUGUUCAAUAUUAGGGGGACGUAAGGUAAAUGAACCACAUGAAAUGGUCAAUAUCAAUCAUACGAUUUGGAUAAACCAAAUUGAUUUUAAAGCCUGAAAGAAUACCUUCAGAAUUAUUGUAUAAUAAUAAUCCGAU